AUGGAUUCUAGCUCCCAUACCAGCUCCAGUUCACAGCUGUCUAAUACUGCAAAGAAACAAAGGAAUAAAGUCAGUAAAGCUUGUCAAAGUUGCAGAAGAAGAAAAAUUAAAUGUAAUGGGAUAAAUCCAUGUUCUAAUUGCACUACUUACGAAUGUGAGUGUAUCUAUAGCAUACCGGAUUCAAAUAGCCAAACUGAUAAGCUUGGAAGAGCAAAUACCAUUAAAAAGAAUAAAGUCAAGAAGCCUCAGAAUACCACUUCUCCAAAUGACGGUAUUCAAAAAAAAACGAUAAAAAGUUUAAGAAAGGAUGCAUUUAAUAAAGAGUUGAAUUCUGAUAAUAUUAUAGCAGAAGUAAAUGAAUCGGAAUUAAUUUAUAGACAAGAUAUAGAUGAGGUCGUUUUACCUGUACCUUUACAAACCCUAGAAAAUAUAAAUGUUAAUGAAGAGGAUUAUGGAUAUUUUCAUGAUGAUACCGACAUACAGAGAAAACUAUUGGAGCUACAGGUAACUUUAAAGACUUUAGUUUCACUGAAUAACAGGGCCACUGAUAUGGAGACAAAAAAGAAUAUGACAAAUGCCAUAGAUAAUAUCAAUAUAGAGCUCAAAAAUAUAAGCAAAAAUUAUAUUCCUAAACUUGAUAUCGUUAAGUUUAAAAGUUUUAAAAAUGAAAAGGGAGGUGAGUCACUAGAAACAAUUAUGCUGAAAAAUAAAUACUCUGCAUUCUCUUAUUUAACUUCGAUCGUAGCGUGCUAUAAUAGUGAUAGAAUUAGCAAGGAUGGAUUCGAAAGUAUGGGAUGUAUGAACUCAGUAUUAAAAUAUAAGCUUCAUUUAACUAAUGAAGAAGAAAAAAAUAUUAAUCAAGAACAUCUUCAGAUGUUAGCCAAUAGACAAGUUUUCUCUCUUAAUAAUUAUCCGUUGGUUGAUGAAAUAUUUGGUCUAUACUCGAUGUUUUCAUUUUUUUCUUUUAGAGGCAUUGGGUCUUUUUUUCAAUAUAAAAUGUUAACAAAUAAGUAUAGAAAAACAGAAAAGUCUUCACAGAUUCAAUUGAAGAAAACUAUAUACCUCUUCUUACGAUUUUUUGAUACUUGUGUUGACCAUGUGGUCCAGAGCUGUGUCUCGAUAAGUAAUCCAUUAGAGUAUUACAUUGAAAACAAAGCAAGAAAGGAUUCCUCGUCCGAAGUGAAUACUUCUCCUAGCUUACCUUAUAACAGUACACCUUAUUCGAAUAAUAGUAAAGAGAUGCUACUAUCUUUAAUAAAAGAAUUGCCACAGCCUUUACUUCAUAAUAUAACCAAUGGUAUAACUACAGAGCAGCUACUUGUAAAUGCAGACAAACCUUUUCAUAUGUUUUCCUUAAUCUCGAAAAUUUUUGAUAUUCAUAUUCUCAGUUUCCAGGAUUUCAUAUCUAAUAAUAGCAACCCAAAAAAAUGGAUAUGGUUAGAAGGUGUUAUGCGAGAAAAUUACCAAGAUCAGACCAAUAUAUUUGAUAACAUAAAUGACUUGUUUUCAGAAGCAACUUUAGACACCUAUACGAGAUUUUGCAGGCAAGAAGAACUACUUUUAGCACUAAUUUAUUAUUACUAUAAUGCAACAUUAUAUCAUUUUGAUGAUUACAAAUCUUUGGAUUAUUUAGAAGCACUUAUAUCUUUACUGGACAAACAAUUAUAUCUAGAAGAAUUUUACGGAUGUGAAAAAGUCCUUGAAGUAGCUAUUGGUUAUGCUUCAAAAAUGGGUCUAUCGAGAUGGGAAUAUUAUACAGGUAUGUCAGAGGAAGCAGCUGAGAGACGUAGAAAUGUUUGGUGGAAACUGUAUCUUAUCGAAAAGUUUGUCGUAGUAGAACAUAAUCAUCUUUCUUCAAUCGAUGAUUCUAAAGUAAACUGUGUUCUUCCUAAACCUUUUACUGAUAUUGGCCUUCUGAACAUCACUGAUUUUCUAGCUAAUAUAGAAAACAUUGAUACAUUGAAUGAUAACUUUAGUGAUAAGUCAAUAGAAUACUUGGUUGACUACGGUAAUUUUUCUUUAAUGUUCAUUAUGUCAGAUUACUCUUCCAGGGUAUUAUAUGGAGAAAGAUAUACUUCGAUUAGAAAUUAUUCAUUACCUCCAUAUUUGAAAAUUAAUUUGAUAGGUGAAAUCUAUAAUGAAUUGAAUCAUGCUGUUUCCAAACUUGAGAUUGUUAAAGAACAGUUGAAAUAUCUGUUUGAUACUCUGUCAUCCGAUGAAGAAGAUCGUUGUAAUAAAAAGUUGACUGUUAAAGAAUUUCGCGACCUUUCUGAAUUUGUUUUCAGAUACUAUUUUAUGUAUAUUAAUAUUAUAAAUGCUACAAAAAAUCUUUUGUCAAGAUUUUCAACACAAAAUAUAGGACUAGAAUUAAAGAAACAGGAUGAAACAUAUUCUGAAUUGGGUGUAAACCUUUUGAUGAAGAUGAACAAAUUAAUUCAGAAAGACAGAAGGCUAUUUAAGAGCAAAAUAUGCUCAAAGACUUACCUAAUCUCAUAUUUAGUUCUUAUCUCCAAUAAGGUCUUCAGUUUCAUAACAAUGGAUACUAUACUUGAUAUGCUAGAAUUAAUUUCUAGGUCAUUCGUUGCUAUAUUAUUUAGGAAGGUUCUGAAAGUUAAAUCUGUGAAUAAUACAAAACCUGUUAAGGAUUUUAAUAGAAUUACAGGUUUCCUUGCUGUUCUUACCAACAUUAUUAUAACAAUUUACAUUGACUUUAAUGAUUUAUCGGAAUCAGAAUUCAUAGAUGAAGUUGUGAAAGUUUCUAAGAAGGAAUUGCAUUUUUCGUUGCAUGCUGUCAUGGAUCCUAAUUCAUUGAUAUACGAAAACAUAAUGUCGUUCGGUAAAGAGUCAGGGUUCCAUUUAAGAGUAAAAGAUAUUUUAAGAGAUACAAAGAAUGCAAUAUUGAAUAAUAGUACUAACGACAAAAGAUAUGCCUCUAAAAGUACGAAUCCAAGGUCAGAUAAUUUAAAAACAGCACAUUGCACGGAAAAUGAAAGAAAGAAUGGAAACCCAGAAAGUAAACUAUCUAAAUCUACUGGUAAAUCUAGAAAGAUCAAAACAAAUGAACUAAGGAAACUGGACCUGCUUAUCAACGACAUAUUAAAUUCAAAACCAGAAGAUAGAUUUCCUACGUUUCCUGAUAACAACAGUGGGGAAUUGUUUUCAACUUUUAAUAAUAAUUCUAAAACAAUAUCAAAAUUCAGUUCUGAAGGGAAUUCAUCUUAUCAGUAUAAUGCAGGUUUUAUUGAAAAUAAUAAAAUUUCUGCAGGGGGAUUGCCACAGGCACAUGAACAGAAUAACUACUCUAUCGAAACGCUGAUUGAUAAUAAUAAUAAUAUCAAUAACAAUAAUAGCAAUAAUAGUAUCAACAAUAAUAAUAAUAAUCCUAAAAUUGAUCCAGGCAGUAGUCAUACAUCCUUAUCUUCUUUUGCACAAGCAAAUUUACUUAACGAACUAACGCCAACAAAAGAAAAUAACAUGAUAGACGGUUAUAAUUUAGGUACGUUGGAUGAGUUUAUAAAUGAUGGUGAUCUGAAUGACUUAUACAAUACAUUUUGGAAAGAUUUGUAUCCAAUCCAAUAA